UGCCUGGAGCUCAUCUUGCCGUUUUGUGUGUGCUGCUGCUAGCGUUGCGAAAUGCCUGCGGGAGUCCGCUUCCCGACUGGAACCACUGCCGCGAGUCUUCGAGGAACUUAAACGAUAUCGUUAACAGUAUGAUCGCCCAGAUGCAGGAUGUUAAAGUAAAGGUUAUCAUGAUGGAUGGUGUUCCUUAUAUCGAAUCUGCAGACAGGUGUGAUCCUGCUGGCCUUCGAUCGAACUCUAAGCUCUGUCUCUCGAAGAUUUCAGCAAUUUUGCAGACAUACAUUGGCUUGUUUGAGAAGAUGGGCGGUUCCUGUGACUGGGAUAAUAGUGACCUUAAAGAAGAAAUGUUAUACCUGCAGAAGCAUUUGAAGGCUCGUGGCAUCAAUGAGUCUGGGAAAAAAAUGGGUGCGGUGCAAGCGUGGAUGUGCCACAGUUUACCACAAGCACUCCUUCAAAGGCUCACGUCCUUCUCAUCAAUUGUCGCCCGUGUUUUUGCUCCUGGAGACCCUGCCAAGCAUACAGAGGAUGACAACAGCUUUUUAGGAUGUGGUUUACAGUGAGAAAUUUCACAACCCACAUAAAAGGUCACUUGGAUCCUUAUACACAUGCCCACUUAUAGUUUACUAAAGGAGACCACCCCCCCAACUUACCACAAUUUUACAGACUUAUCCUGAUCUCUAAAACCUAUUUAAAAAGCAAAGCCAGUUUAAAAUCUACCUUUACCAGAAAUCAUGGACUCCAAUACUUAAUGCGUAUGUUUUGUGGAUAAUCGUAUGGGUAUUCACACUCUGCACUGACCUACUAGCCGUCAGAGAGUUUAGAAAAUUCUGAAAACAAAGUUAUCUUUACUGCUUAUGACAACAUUCCUGAAAGGUUCUUUUAUUUGCAUCUUCUGUUCUCAAAUGUAAGCACAUUAGGGUGAAAAUAAGAGACCCGUGGGAAGUGAGAAGUGUGAAUUUUGCUGGUAACUAGCAGAUCAAACACUAGAUUAGGUUAAAAAGUUCUCAACAUGAUCUGCUCAGUCCAGGAUAUUGAUGUGCAAAUAUGCUCUCAGGCCAAGAUGAGUGUUCCACCUUGAGGAUGAUACCUCAAAACACUAUAAGAAGUGUUGCUUUCCUAAUGCUCAUAUCAGGCAUGACUGUUGAAGUCAAAGAAUGGAUGUUGUGUUUAAUAAUCUCACCUUAUUUUACAUAGCUACUACUAUUCACCAGUGUCGUCUGUUCUAAGGUGCUAUGGUUGUCAGGUCUAAUUUACAGUAUGGUAAGUAGGCAUAAGUAGAAGGUUUUACAGUGGUAAACACUGCUUCCCCACCCCUCCAGGGACUUCAGUUAAUUGUCACCAAUCUAAACACUGUCUGAGUUUAGUUUGGAUGUUUUACUUGUGUCAUUCUAUUAUUCUCCCACAGUUUUGAAUAUUAAAUUAAUUGGUGUCUCUAAAUUUUCCCAGUGUGAGUGUGUGAAUGAGAGUGCCUUGCAAUGGACUGCUUGGGGACAAUCCUUGCCUUGUACAGAGUGCUGCCAGAAGAGGCCUUGACUAGCUGCAACCUUAAAAUGGUAACGUAGGGCAUUGAAAAGUAUAAGGAGAGAAUGCCUUUAUAAAGUAUCUCCUUGUGUUCAUUUUAGAUGAAGCAAUACUUGUAUACACCAAUUGAG